AUGAAAAAUAGCACAACAUUAAAAGGAGUUACGAAUACAUUCUAAUAAAUGGUAAUAUCGGCCAAAUAAAAAGAAGAUCAUGAACGUCGAAAUAUGAGCAUUUUAGAGAAAGUGGCUACUCUUUGGCAGAGAGAUAGUUCACAUACUAAAACAAUAUAGUUAUAAAGAACUAUUUAUAUUUUGAAAUAAUACUCUUAAAAUAGAACAGAUGAAUAAUUAGAAGCAGUUAAAACCUAUUUUGAAGAAAAUUUCCCUUAUUAUAGGUACAAGAACUAUAAAUUAGAUUAGUAAAUUUAAAGAAAAAUUAGAUCAUGAAAGUUGUAAAUCUCUAUUUAGAGAAAUGACUCUAGAAUGGUAUGAUAGUACCAAAAUAAUCUUCAGACAUGGUGAUCCUGGUAGAAGAAUGUAUUUUGUACUUCAAGGUGAAUUAGUAAUCUUAAUUCCUAAAACUAAAAAUACUUCAGAAAAUCAACCUCAAAAAAAACAAAAAUUCAAGUAUAACUUAUUUAUAUAUUAGUUCUUUUGAAGAAUGGGUUAAAUAUGUAUUUGCUGAUUAUACAUAAGUUGCAACUAAAAUAGAAGGAGAUUAAUUUGGAGAAAUAGCAAUUGAAUAAAAAGUUACUAGAACAGCUACUGUUGCUGCUAAAACUGAAGUCAUUCUAGCUGUCAUUACUUACGAUCUAUAUUAAAGAAUUCUUGGUGCUUUCUAACAUGAAUUGACUAAUCAAAAAAUAGCAUUUAUCACUAAAAUACCUAUCUUUAGUGUUUGGCAACGAUAAAAUCAAUUAGUACUUUUAUAAAGUCUUGAAGUAUAAAAUAAGAAAGUUGGAUAAUAUGUUUUUUAAAAAGGGAAACCUGAUGAAUAUAUAUAUUUAGUAAUUAAUGGAGAAAUUGAAGUUAUUUAAUGGUCAACUCCUAAUAAAGAUUAAAUAUCUAAUCAUCAUAAUUUUGUUCCUAAACCUAGUAUUAUGGCUAUAAUCAAUUCUGGAUAGUUUUUUGGAGAUUAUGAACAUUUCAAAUAACUCAACUAUAGAAUAACUACUGCUAAAGCCAAAACAGAUUCUACUUAUUAUAGAAUUAAAUAUAGAUAAUUAUUAGACUAUUUUUAAAUUUAUUCAUCAAUUGAUGAUUUCCUUAAAUAUGAAAAUGUCAAAUUUUAGAUAUAGAGUCAUCUUGGAUAAAGAACUAACUAAAAUCCAAAUUUAACAGAAAGAACUGGAGAUUAAACUUAUUAAUUUGAUUUAGAUUAAAUUAAAUCAUCAUAUUAUAAAAAAAUAAAAGUUGAAUAAUAAAUUGAAAAAUUAAGAAUGAAAAUGGAAAAAACUGUUGAAUAAGCAUAAAAGGCUAUUUAUUAUUAUGAAAUUGAAAAUCUUAAGUAGAGUAUAGAAAAUAUUGAGACAAUCCAAGCUGAAAAAUACUCCUUUUUAGUUCCUUUUAGAAGUGAUCCAUAUGUAAAUGAAAUGAAUCUUAUAAGAUCAGAAACAAGGAAUUAAAGAAGCAGAAUGCAAAUUUAAUCUGAAAACGAUUUUAAAAGUAAGGACUUGUAAUUUAGUCUCAGAUCUAGUAUUAAAACUUAAGGUUAAACUAGAUCUCAUAGUUAAUCUAAUUUUAAUUCAUUAACAUAUGCUAAGAUCAUGUAAAACAAACUAAAAAAGCUAUCUAUUAAUGUCUAACCAACUAUUGAUAUCAAUAAACCAUAAUUUUCUUCAUCUAAAACUACAAAAAUUGAUCAUCAUCAAACUAAUGUUGAAAAUAUACAUAAUGUUAGACUAGAUUUCACUCCUAUAUCUAAUUCAUAGUUACUUAACAAAAAAAAACAUUUAGGAAGUGUAUAUAAGUUCUAAAUUAAAUCAACAUACUGA